AUGACGAACAUGCCUCCAACUGCUCCUUCUUGUAGUCGAAGCGAAAUGGGGAUCAGACGAACAUCAACAACAACAACAGAAAGUACUGGUAGCACGCAACGGCUCGCAAUGAACCAAGCAGUUGAUGACGGAAUGGGAAAUCGUAAAAGUAAAAGCACGAGGAGGGCAACGGGGACACGAAUGCCAAACGAGCGUACUAAACCACGAAAAAAACCGGAACGAUCAUCAGAAAUGAGCAGAACGAAAGUUUCGAAACCGCCUUCGUCAGGGAUCAUGAGUAUGAGUAUGAGACGGAGAAGACCGGAGCCAUGUCAUCGUCAACUGCAUAUAAGAGAGCGUUCCCGCGCCUUGUUGCGUCUCGUGUUCCGUUGUUGGCUCAUAGUGUGCACGAUAGCUCCGCUCGCACCUCUAGUUGCCGGAAGUGAAUGGGAAUCAUCUUCGCGAUCAGACAGCAGCAAGAGCUAUGACAGUCAAAGCAGCAGCAGCAGCAACAACAGCAACAACAACAGUAGCAACUUCACCAGCACUCAGCCAUAUCCGCAAUACAAAGUCGACCUGCUCCACGAACAACUGUUUUCGUCGGACUCGCCAACUGUCCCUCCCGACAUGGCCCCACUCACCAAACCCAAACGGGAACCAGAUGCGACUGAGACUCCCUCGCCAACGACCAGCACACCGAGCAGUAGUCUCCCUACGACCGACAACAGCAGCAUUAGAGGUAGAAACGCCGACUCGAAAACACGUCCUCUUUUUCGUGGUCGUUCAGGAAAUCUACGAGAGAGAAUCUCCCGUCGAAGAUUAUCGAUGGGCGGGAUGGGAGGAGGGAUGAUGGGAGGAGGCAGCCGUUCCCAGCCUUACCCGCCGCCUGUUCCGGGACCUGGUCCAGGUCCAGGCCCAAUACCCGGCCAACCAACUUAUCGACCACCUCAACCAAACAAGUGUAAUUUUGACACAAACGUCAUUAUGGAAAUUGACGGCAUGGCAGAGGAUCUGAACAGUGCCCAAGUCAGGCUUCUAGAGAUUGGUUUUCGAGAGGUAUACAAUGAGCUCAAUGUAGAGUUUUGCGAUCCUCUACAUCGACGAGUCAUGGAUGUGCAAAUUGCUGCGGCCGAUCCGUCUUUUAACGGUGUCUUUAAUCUCGUGUUUUGUGUCGUGGUCGCAUCCUUGGACUGCAGUCCGGGCGUAUCGACACUAUUCAGUGGAUCUGGAUUCAAGACACCACUCCCAGCGUACGAACGGAUCCCUCCAAGACCGCCCACUCCGCCUCCAGUACGACCAGUCACGACGCCGCGACAGCCUAUUGCCCGGACACAGGCACCUGUACCAGCGCCAAGAGACAAUCCCAAUCAGGGCAACUUCAAUAACAAUGGUGUGGCCGCGGAUGUCAAUGACGGCGUUGCUCAUGGUAGUCCAGGAGGGGUUGACAGCGUACAGGGGUACUUUAAUGGGGGCUACAACGAUAACUACAACAACCAAGGGAACAACAACUACAAUACAGGGGGCAGCACCAACCACGGAAAUAAUGGAUACGAUCAAGGAUAUCAGCAAGGUGUCACAACCGGGGGGUCUCAAGGCUACCAGGCAGGUCAAAUGGAGGGAUACAAUCAGGGUCUUCAACACGGAAAGUCUCAAGGCUACCAAUCAGGACAAGUAAACGGCUACGAUCAAGGUCUCGCUCAUGGGGAAACUCAAGGAUUUCAAGCAGGAAAAUCUCAAGGGUUCAACCAAGGUUUGGCACAAGGAGAGACUCAAGGCUACCAAACAGGCCAGGCCCAAGGAUACAAUAGUGGGAUUUACGAUGGAUACCAGCAAGGAAAUCAAGCAGGCCAGGCCUAUGGUACCCCAACAAGUACACCAACGUAUGAGUGGCGUGUAGCUCAAUCGCGGACGCCCACUUACCAUCGUUUACGAAAGAAAGUGCGGUCGAACCAAAAACGAACCAAACUGAAGCGAGACGAAGAUGAAGAUGGAGUCUUUGUGGAAUACACGCGACGGACACAACGACAGCGGCAUCAACGGAGGCAUCGCAGACUAGUCAAAGGGUUUCGAGAGGAGGGCCACCAGUCUGCUUCGAAUUCAGAGAAAGGGCCCAGCGAUGCCACGCAUCAGCCUCGUCCCAAUGGACGACAUCCCAAGUACUACCGACGGGCUCUCAAGGGGGACAAGGGAAGCAUGAAACGCAAGGGAGGGAUGAGCAGUUAUUCCUAUCAAGAACAGGUGGUUGUUCAAAAGAACGUGGUGGUUCAACAACAGCAGACGGUGGUCCAGCCGCAGACUCCUGUCGAAGGUUCGGGUGUCAACCAAGGUUUCUCGCAGGCACUGCAACAGUCCCAGAACCAGGAUCCAAACGCCAUCCUCAAUAAUUUGCAGGGCUUGCUGCAAACGGAACAGACUGUGACGAACGCGGGUUUUGGAACAGCAACGAAUGUAGGAUAUGAUGUCGUCACUCCUGAAGGAGUCGACCUUGGACGAUUGAACUCUCGCGAGGGAGCAGCAAGCACUGGAGGGGGAUCGCAAGGCGCAGGUGGUGGAUUCGGUGCCGGGUGUAUUCCAGGGUUUGGACCACCUGUCGUCGUCGAGGAAGAAGUGACUUAUGAGUAUGAAUAUGAUUAUCGCUAUAGUUAUUCUGGAGGUGGAGGUAGCAGCAAAGGAAAAGGAUCAAGCCGAAGCUAUGUUGGCGGCGGCGGAGGCGGAGGUGGUGGAGGAGGCGGCGGCGGCGGUGGAGGAGGCGGCGGUGGUGGCGGAGGAGGCACGACUCUCCCCUACUGCUGCGAUUCCCCUUUUGCCGCAAUGCGCGCACCAACUGAAGCCGAAUACGACGCAGCCUUUAAUGUGGUUCUCCACAGUGUCAUUCGCGAUGGGUUACCUCCACCGCCAAUGGGAGACGCAGGGGGGCCGGUAUUCUACGAGGACUUGGUGGACGUGACGGAGUCCCAGCGAGUGUUUUGUGCGAGCCACAAAGAGGAGUUCAUGAGCGUCUUCAUCAUCCAAAUGUAUGGCGACAGAGAUAAAGUCACAGCCGCAGAGUUCGACGUCAUGGAAGAGGCCAUCAAACAAGUCUACAAUGGCCAACAAGAUUUACGCUGCGAUGCACCAAACUUUAGAGAGAUUGAUGAGGUCACGCUAGUAAGUGGUGCUCCGAGUCGGACUCCUGGAGUGUGGUUCUAUGGGUUUCGCGUCAAGGGAACCUGUCGAGGGCUUGGCUGCAGUGGCACCAUGGAAAACCCGUUGACUUUCUUUCCACCCGCAGACCAAAGGAGACGAAGAACUCAAGAAGAAAGGGAGGAGUUGCUUUCAAGAAAUUUCCUACCCGGGAGGCGGCAUCUCAUCGGAGCUCCUGGCGAUGCCUGUUUUUGCCCUGUUUUCAGUGAUCAAUUUGGAUCUGUCCCUAUCAACCUGUUUGAAGACCUCUACGCAAUCACUAUUGACUACUAUCGUCGCCUUGGGCUUUUGCCGAACAUUCUGGCAAGUGGAGACGUAGCAGAGUUCCAAAUGGAACCGACUCCACCUCCGACAAUUAGUCUUUUGCCUACAAUCGAUCCAACACCUCUUCCUACUCCCUUUCCAACACCAAUUCCAACUCUCAUGCCAACACCAUUCCCUACACCAAUGCCAACACUUGACCCAACGCCUCUCCCCACACCAAAGCCAACUCCCAUGCCAAGUGGGAGUCCAACACCCAUGCCUUCCCCUGGACCCACACCACCACCCACUCCUGACCCUACUCCACAACCCACUCCUGAGCCCACACCUCAGCCAACCCCCAAUCCCACGCCAGAUCCAACUCCAAGGCCCACUCCAAUGCCUGGGGAUCCAACAAGAGCACCCGUCCCCCCAACACCCAUGCCAACACCUGCGCCAACCCCCGAUCCCACACCAGAUCCAACUCCACGACCCACUGCUCCCCCUGGGGAGCCAACAAGAGCACCAGUCCCUCCCACACCUUUACCCACGCGAGUUCCAGUUGUGACACCAACCACAGCUGCACCUACACCACCGGCUGCGGUACCAAGCACAGCAGUUCCCACCCCACCGGCUGUGGUACCAAGCACAGCAAUGCCUACCCCUCCAAACAUCACACCAACUACAGCAACCCCCACCCCACCGGCUGUGGUACCAAGCACAGCAAUGCCAACCCCUCCAAACAUCACACCAACUACAGCAGCACCCACCCCACCGAACGUUGUACCAAGCACUGGAAUGCCUACCCCUCCAAACAUCACGCCAACUACAGGAACGCCGACAACUCCACCGACAACAGCCGUGCCCACAUGCAGUGCACCAAAUAUAGUCCCCACAACAGGAAUGCCCACAACAUCAUUGCCAACACGAGCACCAAAUGUAAAUCCAACGACGGCCUUUCCCACCACAGUCACUCCAACCACCAGCAUGCCUACGCCUCCAGCCAUUGUGCCCACCACUCUGAUGCCAACAGAGGUUCCCACAGCUCCUCCAACUACUUUAAGGCCAACAGUGUUGCCUGGAAACCCAACACAAACCCCAUCAAUUUCCCCAUCUAAGGUACCUUCAGGCAAUCCCUCUAGUGUUCCAUCCAGUCUCCCUUCAAGGAUUCCUUCCAGUGUCCCAUCAAGUGUCCCCUCAAGUAUUCCUUCAAGUGUGCCAUCAAGUCGACCUUCAUUUUCGGGACAAAGCGUGCCACCAAGCAGCAAACCAAGUGUUUCGAGCAACCCCUCUAUUCUCGAGCCAUCUGUGUCCAUGCAACCAAGCGUUUCUUUGAUGCCUACAAAGUCCAAUGCCCCAACCUUGUCCAAUCAGCCAAGUUUGAGCAAUAAUCCAACCAUUUCCAAUGUACCUUCUGUCAGUUCAGUACCCAGUCUUUCUAACAACCCUACACUCAGCAAUGCUCCCUCAAAAAGCAACAAUCCCACACAAUCAUCAAAUCCCACCCUCAGUAAUGUGCCAAGCUUGUCCAAUAACCCAACAUUGUCCAAUCAACCAUCCAAGUCUGCAAAUCCAACCACAUCUGCAGUGCCCAGUCUUUCUAACAACCCUACACUCAGCAAUGCUCCCUCAAAGAGCAACAAUCCAACACAAUCAUCAAAUCCCACCCUCAGCAAUGUGCCUAGCCUGUCCAAUAACCCAACAUUGUCCAAUCAACCAAGUUUGAGCAAUAAUCCAACCACAUCUGCAGUGCCCAGUCUUUCUAACAAUCCUACACUCAGCAAUGUGCCCUCAACCAGUAAUAAUCCAACCCAAUCUGCCAUACCCAGCACAUCUGCAGUACCAAGUCUUUCAAACAACCCAACACAGUCUAAUGUUCCAUCCACCAGCAACAAUCCAACACAAUCAGAAAAUCCCACCCUCAGUAAUGUGCCAAGCUUGUCCAAUAACCCCACAUUGUCCAAUCAACCAUCACAGUCUGCAAAUCCAACCACAUCUACUGUACCCAGUCUUUCCAACAAUCCUACACUCAGCAAUGUGCCCUCAACCAGUAAUAAUCCAACCCAGUCUGCCAUACCCAGCACAUCUGCAGUACCAAGUCUUUCAAACAACCCAACACUGUCUAAUGUUCCAUCCACCAGCAACAAUCCAACACUAUCAGAAAAUCCCACUCUGAGCAACGUACCAUCACUUUCUAACAACCCUACACUCAGCAACAACCCCACAUUAAGUGAUAAUCCAACUUUAUCAUUCAACCCUUCAGCAGCCAACUCAAGAUCCAUGCAGCCCAGCGCCCAACCAAGUCUUAGUGGCAACCCCACCAUAUCCAAUGCCCCCAGUUUAUCCAUCAAUCCAACUUUAUCGAACAUGCCUACUGUUUCACAGUUCCCAAGUUCUAUUCCAUCCUCUCAACCAAGUACUUCUAAGAAUCCCAGCACCAAUCCCAGUUCUUUCCCCAGCAAUGUUCCAAGCAAAGAUCCCAGCUCUGUGCCAUCCUCUGUGCCCAGUUCCAUUCCCAGUUCUGUCCCCAGCUCAAACCCUAGCAGGAAUCCCAGUUCUGUCCCCAGCUCGAACCCUAGCAGGAACCCCAGCUCCAUUCCCAGUACCAAUCCUAGCUCAGUGCCAAGCUCCAACCCCAGUCGCAAUCCUAGCUCCAAUCCCAGUUCCAACCCCAGUUCUGUCCCCAGUGGAGUUCCCUCAAAUCCUCCUACGACCUUAUCUCCUACACCACCUGGUGGAAGGAGAGACCAGCCUUUGUCGCAACAGCAGGUCAUCUCUCCUCCAGGUUUCUCACAGCAGCAACAACUGCCUCCCCAAGCACAAGACACUGUGUCAACAGCUGCACCCGCUGGCGGCUGCAGCAGUGACAUGCGAGAACAUACAGUGACGUUGGAUCUACGAACUUCAUAUGCUGACCAGUUUAUCAUCACUUGCACCGAUGUCGAUGACGGUACGAUUCUGACACGAAUCGAAGCGGCCUUGAAUGCGGCAUUCCCAUAUGUUGCCACCACGUGGGAUGGAACGGCCGAUUUUGAGUCCUUUCAGUUUGACUUUUUGCAAGACGUCAAGCAUGCGCAGGGGUUUCGUCAUCGGGAUCUCCAAGAAACCUCUAAGAUCUGUCCUGACCGUUCGGAGGAGUGUCCUGCAUUUUUUGACUUUUGUCGAUUCAGCUGUGGUUUGCUGACAACGACGAACUGUAAUGGAAUGGAUCUACCAUCGAUUGAGCAGUUGGACAAUUAUCUUUCGGCAGCCGCCACUGCUGCUCUGCGUAGCAUGACCGGUGUGCAAUGCUUGGGGUUCCAGAAUGAACUGAUUGCCAUGGUGCAAGUAUAUUCCACGGCGUAG